GCCGGUUGCCGUUGUCGCCUUUCUUCGAUCGUUGUCGAUGUCAAAAGUUGACUGAGACGCUCCUUUCUGUUUCCAAAAUCGGUUUUUUCUGAGUGAUUCUCAGAAGCUUUCGAUAAUCCAUAUUAUAAUUUCUAUGACCUCACGAUGAAUUUGGGCGAAUGGAGACCUCAAGAAACCAUCAUCAAUAAUAUCAAGGAAACGCUUCAGUUAGCUCUUGUACCGAACAGCGAUGCUCAGAAAACGGUACAGGAUAGACUUCUGCUUAUGCAGAAUUUGACAGAUUUUCCAAAUUAUCUGUUAUUCAUAUUGGGAAAUCCAGGGUUUUCUGAGGACAUUAGAUCCUUGAGUGGAAUAUUACUGAAGAAUAACAUUCAGUCAACAUACAACAAUAUGAGUGUUGAAAACACACAGAAAAUCAAGAAUGAAUGUUUAAGAUUGUUAAGGGACACUUCUAGAGAAGUGAGGACAAGCAUCAGCAAUAUAAUUGUGAUAAUUGCAAAAGAUAAUCUGAAGACAUGGCCAGAACUUGUUCCCAUUUUGACGAAGAGCUUUGUUGCUCAGGAUGAAUUUAGUGAAGUAGCUCUGACAACUUUAUUCACAGUGUGUGAAGAACUGAUUAAUAGUCAGAAACCUCAAGAAGAAAUCUAUAAGAUAACAAAAGAAGUAUUUCCUAAAUUUGUAGAAUUUGUGGGAGUGGAAGAAUGUUCAGUACGCCCAAACAUUGUGAGACUCACCAAUCAAUUCUUGCAAGACUACUUUGGGGUAAUGAAACAGUCCAUAGAUUUGGGCAUCUAUUUGAGAAAUGUAAUGCAGCUGGCAAACACUAAUGAUAUGGACCUACAAAAGAAUGUUUGUCACACUUUUGUGAUUUACAUUGACAAUCAUGAAGAAACAUUGCUUCCUCACCUGCAUGACAUUAUUUGCUUUUUACUAGAGAAGUGCCAUCAUGAAGAUCAAGAUGUUGCUUUACAAGCUUGUGAAUUUUGGUUAGCUUCAACCAAAAUAAAUACUUGCAAAGAUAUUUUGUCACCAUACAUUGAGAAACUUUUGCCCACACUACUGAAAAACAUGAGGUAUUCUGCUAGUGAACUGAACAUGAUAAAGGAUAGCCUGGGAGCAGAUGCAACUAAGAAAGAUUUGUCCAAAGACAUUUCACCCUUUCACUUCAGAGAUAGAAAUGCUGUUGCUGAUGGUGAAGAAUAUUACAGUGAUGAAGAAACUGAGGAUCAGAGCGACGAUUUUGAUGAUUUUUAUGUUGGUUGGACUUUGAGGAAGUGUAGUGCUGCAUCCUUGGACUCAAUUGCGGUAAAGUUUGGUGAUGAAAUACUACCAUUGCUCAUUCCUCUCAUUAGCGAAAUGUUGCAGAAUCCAGAUCAUUUGGUCAAAGAAUCUGCCAUAUUGGCAUUAGGUGCAAUAGCUGAAGGGUGCUUCAAUGGUUUGAAAUCUGAAUUGCCUGAAUUGGUCAGAUUUCUGAUAAGUUGUAUGAAUGAUGAACACUCUGUUGUUAGAGUGAUAACCUGUUGGACUUUGAGUCGUUAUGUAUCAUGGAUAGUUAAUGUACAUGCUGAUAAUCCUGAGGAAUAUUUUGUGCCAGUAAUGACAAUUUUACUAAAGCAUUUUGUUGAUGAGAACAAGAGAGUGCAAAGGGCAGCCAUUUCAGCUUUCUGUAUCUUCCAAGAAGAAGCCCAGUUGAAACUGAUUCCCUACAUUGAUUUCAUUUUGGCAGGCUUCAAAUAUGGCUUUGAACAAUUCCAUUGCAGAAGUUUAUAUUUACUGUAUGAUGCAAUAGGAGUUUUAGCACAAUCUGUUGGUAAUCAUCUCAGUAAAGAUGAGUAUGUUAAUAAAUUAUUACCACCACUGAUGAAUAAAUUCACAGAACUCAAAAACUUUUAUGAUGAUCAUUUCAUUGCUGUAUUAGAAUGUCUAUCCAAUGUAAUCCCUGCCUUGGAAGUUUCCUUUCUGCCAUAUUCGGAAAUAGUCUAUUGCCAUUGCCUGCAGCUCAUCAAUGACACCCUCAUCGCUUCAGUCAACUACCAGCAGAACCCCAACGAGUAUGAUCCUCCUGAUAAGGAGCCCAUGAAUGUGGCCCACGACGUCCUCUACAGCAUGGCUCUUGGCCUGAAAACACAUUUUGUCACAUAUGUAACUAACAGUAAUCUCAUUUAUCUGCUGUACACAACGAUGCAGGAUAGCUCCAAUCUGAUUCGGCAGACCUCUAUCGCUUUGUAUGGUGAGCUGAUUGGUUUGUGUUAUCCGUUCUUGGCGUCUAGUGUGAAUGAGUACAUACCCCUAAUUAUCAAGAAUUUGGACGAACAUACUGACGGUGUUUGCAAUAACGCCGCUUGGGUUAUAGGGAAAUUGUGUUCUGUUAUGGGCAACACCAUUCAACCUUUCCUUCAGGAAAUAUUGAAUGCUUUUGUGCACAUCUUACGAACACCGGCCGUUGCUCGUACUAUGCAUAAAACUGUAGCUAUUUCUCUGUGUAUUGUAUUUUUCGUUUGUCCUGAAGUGAGUGUUCCCGAUAUGGAUGUUAUAGUUAAGAAUUGUUGUAUGUUGGUGAGGAAUGUGCGAGAUUCGGAUGAGAAAGACUUAGCUUUCCGGGGCCUGUGCGAGGUGAUCGUCCGGCAUCCAGAAUUCAACAAACAAUACUUCAUUUUCUUCUGCGACGCUGCUGCGUCUUGGGUGAAUAUCAGGGUCGAUCUAAAGCAGAUGGUUAAGAAUGUUCUGUUGUCUUUCAAACAACAAUGCGGGGACGACAACUGGCGACAGUUCUAUACGCAAUUUCCUGAAGCUUUGAAAGUCAAACUUCAAGAUUUGUAUGGGGUUUGAAUUACUUAUAC